CCGGCGCGGCGCAUGGUGGUGGCGGAUUAUUCAAAAUCAAAAUAACAACCCAAAGCCGUGCGCGCAUCUCACGCACACCAAACCUCCACCUGAGAUGAACGUGGGUAUAUCGAAUCACGAUUCACGGUGCGUCUCACGGUUGCAAUUUUGCUAGACUCUCCCUAUUUUCCGUUGAGAAGGGUUCGAGUCGAACGAAGCGAAAAGCGAAAAUUUGCCUCCCUCGAGCGAGGAAAAUUCACGAAACGCGCUCAGUUCGUUCGAGGCAGUGGUUCUGAUCGCGCGUGUGGCAAAAGUGGAAAUUGUCCACUUUUUUUUUCUGCAGAGAUUUUUCCGGAAAAGGAAAAAGAAUAAUAAAUCGCGAAGACAGAGGGUGAAAAAUUUCAUUAUUCGAGAAAUUCGAGAGUUUAUCGGUUGUGAAUUGUUUCGUGGCUGUUUCGUCAAUGAACCAGCAAUUAGUGGAUGGUGGUGAAUCAGAAGUCUGAGUAACUCAAGCGGAGAUCAGUCAUCUGCGCUAGUUCGUGUAGUUAUAGUGAAUAGUAGUUGUAGCGCAUACCAUGCCAGUGAAUGGGAGCAAUCGACCACCUUGGCUAAAGGAUAGACUCGAAACAGUGAAUAAAAACGUUCCACCGGCGUGGGCACGGAAGAAUCCCACUACGACCGGCCCCGGCUCCGAUUCCAAAGAUUCCAAGUCUACCAGCAAAGCGGAAACCAGCGACAGCAGCAAAACGGCUCCGAUAGUGAAGAAACCGACGACUGCUGCUACGGCAAGUGCGGCAGCUAAGGAAAAUGGAGAACCACCAAAGACCUCCGUCAAGCUCCAAUCGCGAGAGAUCAAAGUUCCGGUCGUGGUUCAGCAGAAAAAGCCGGUGCAACCUCCGCUGACCAAGCCGGAACCAUUGAUCAAGAACACCACUCCGCAGAUGACGGUCCUACGGGAACCCGCCAAACCUAAACCGAAACCCAAGGAACCAACGCCUUCCGACUCCGAAGAAGAAGAGGAAGAGGAGGAGGAAGAAGAAGAGGAAGAAGAGGAGGAAGAAGAGGAAGAGGGUAGCACAGAAUAUGAAACCGAGACAGAAUCCGAAGAGGAGUCUCCCCCGCCGCCCCCGGUGAAAAAGCCGCAACCAAAACGGGAGCCAUCUCCUCCCAAGCCGAAAAUCCCCGUUCAGUUGAAGAAAGUCUCCAAAAGCCCGGAGAAAACUGACACCGAUAGCAAAUCUUCAAAAUCGGAGAAAUCUUCCUCACCGGAGCCGAAAACCUUCGUAAAACCGCCCCUGAAGAAAGUGAUCCGGCCGCAGCAGGAUGAACCGCAAAAGGAGCGGUCCAAAUCGCCGGAGCCUAAGGGAUUCCGGGUACAGUUGCGCAAGGUGCCUUCGAACUUGAAAGCACCCCGUCUGAAGGAAAAGCUACCGGAAGUGCAGCUGAAGCGCGUGGAGAAACCGUUGCUCGAGGAGAAACCCAAGAAGGAGGAAGCAUACCCGCAUAAGCCGUCGAUGCUGAAGUCCGAGAGCAGCAAAAGAAUUCCACCGCCACCACCGAUGCCCAAAUCAAACAUCCCGCCACCGCCACCGCCGCCUCCCAAAUUGGCACCCCCGUCGGACUUCAAGAAGGAAGAGGUAUCCGAAAAGCACAAGGAAAUGAUCGAGAAGCUGAAAAAGCGACCGCGCAGACGACCAGACUGGUCCGACAUGAUGAAGGAGGUGGAACAGGGCAAAAAGCUACGCCACGUUGAGUGCAAUGAUAGAUCGAAACCGAUCGUUCACUGCAAAUCCAUCACCAAAGUCAAGGAUCAAUUUAUCUUCGAAACAGAGAAAGCCACGGCCCACAACGUUCUCCUGAAGGAAAUCCAAUCGGGCGUCAGGCUGAAACCGACCAAGUGUAACGACCGCAGCAAACCCAUCCUGGAAGGCCUACGCAAGUUCCGUCGGCAGAUGACCCUGGAGGAGCAGCUGGCCAAGUCCGAAUCGCGGGCCAACCUGGAAGCCCCGCCCCCGGAAGAGGACGAAGUCGACGAGAUGGACGACAUCGACAGGGUGCGGGACGAUCUGCAGAGUACAAAGCAACUGUUGGCCAUGGAGCUGCGCAACAACGAAGCGCUGGAGCGCGAGAACAAACGGUUGCUGCAGCGAGUACAAAAUCUAGAAGCGGAACUUUCCCGUGAACGGUGGAAUCCGUUGAGUGGCGAAGAGAAGAGUUCCAUCGCAGGGCCGGAUGCCGAGUUGAUACAUUCACUGAAGAAGGAAGCAGUGGAAGCGCAACAGCAAUCGAAGCAGCUGGAGGAGAAGUAUCAAACGGUGGCCAAGGAACUGGAUACGGCUACCAAGCAGAACGAGGAACAGAAGCGGAAAAUCGCAGAUUUGGAGAAGAAACUGCAGAGCUUAACGGACGAUGACUUCUAUUUGAAAGAACCACAGGGCAUUACGGACAUUGCACCGCGUCGCACAGCCGAGGCACCGAAUCAGAAGGAAAGCUCACCUGAGCUGGAACCCGAGGAAGAGGAAGAAGAAGAGGAAGAGGACGAGGAGAAAAAGGCCGAGAAGGCCGCCAAACGGUUGAACCGUGAAGUGAACAUGCUAUCGGCUCGAUUGAUUCGACUGAAGGAGAAGGAAGAGGAGCGGCAUGCCGAACGGCAGGCCCUCAAAUACGCCAUGAAGACUAACCAGUAUGCUCUGAAAAACGAGCUCAAGAAGUACAAGAAACUGCAGAAGGAAGUCGAAAAAAUGGCUGCAAUGAUGAAGAUGGAAGACGAGGACGAGGAUGGCGAGGAGGCCAAGGAACCUCCACCGGAGGAACCCGAGGAAGAGGAGGAAGAGGAAUCUGAGGAGGAAAGCGAAUCGGAAUCCGAAUCGGAAAGUGAUAACGAGAGUGCGAACGAAGCAGAGGACGCCCCGGACGAGAAGAAGAAGGCCAACCUGGAACCACGGGUAAAACGGCACGAGAACCGGUUAGCUUCCCUCAAGAAGGGCAACUACUUCCUGCAGGCCAACGUUGACCGGAUCAAGGACGAAAUCAACAAAACGCGAGAGAUGUGUUGCACGCUACAGUCCGAUUUGGACUCUGUUAUUGCUGAUUUAGGAUAAUCUUACACUUAAUUCACCUUAUUAUGGACAACAUUUGAACGCAGCUUAACCGAUUUAUUCACUAAACUCACUGUAUUUACCGAUGUCAUGUUCAAGUGCAAUUUGUACCAUUCUAUAGCUACACACAAACCAUUACAACCCAACAAAAACGCCCGGCCCCUGCCCUGGCCCUGAAUGGAAGAGCAUCGAAGCCGGUCGUUCUACUGGCAGGCACCCGCAAAUCAAAGAUGAGUAUUUAUUUUAGCUGUAUUUUUGCAAUCGAAAAUGAAUAAAACCAACAUACCUGAAGCGUAAACUUGUCGAGGGACGA